GCCGAGGAUAAGAAUAUAGAUGUAAUACUACGAGAGUCUCACUGUGGAGAAGGAUGUGUGGCGUUGCCAAGGUACUCAUGUCGAUGUUAAGGACAAAGAGGCAUACCGGGUAUUGGCUCGGAGCAGGGGGCUUAAUGAAAUUGAUACGAAUUGCUUUCUUUGUUGCUCAGAAAAGGCGCAUAAACUACCCUGGCAGUUGUGGGAUAGCUUACUCGCCGACGGCCAAUAUCUCGGUGAAUAAAGAGAAGCACUUUCCAGGGUUGUUGCCCCUCUAGCUUCUCCAGUCCUGAGCUAUUGUUUCUCUCGCAGUUACAGCUGCAAACUUAUCUGGGAAAUUCUCGAAAUCCAGAAAACCUUUGCCAAA